CUUUCAUCACCACCGGCCAUUCUAUGACAGCUACUGGUGUUGGCGGCGUGAAACUCGUGUCGACAAUUCAAGACGUCACAUGUUCCGAUGACCACAAGCUUCAAGAGCGUCGCCACCGGAAGGGACAGCAAGAACGCCAUUCCGACGACUUUCCCUCAUAUUCGAUUAUGACCGAAGAAACGGAUCCUGCUGCCAAUGGCUCCAACGGCUCUCAUCCGCAGGCACCACCAGAGAAGCGACGUCGGGUCGAACGCGUCAUUGCAGCUUGUGACCUGUGCAAAGCCCGCAAGGUGAAGUGCAAUGGCGAAUUGCCCUGCUCGUAUUGCAAGCGGAAGAAUCGAGCAGAUACGUGUGUUUUCUCGCCUCCGAAGCAGAGAUCCUAUCCGACGUCGACAAAGUCUGCUGGUAACACACCGGCUCAGAAGAAUGCUACAGAUAGCCAGGCCGAACGACCGAGGACUACUCGCCCUAGAAGGACGUACAGUGAUGGCGGUGGACCAAGGGAGGCUCAGUAUCCAGCACGUGGGCCACAAACGCACGACGGCAUAGCCGACUUUGGUGCAUCGCUUUCACCCACAGUGAGCCGUGACGAUCAUCACGACGACACCGUAGUACCUCUUGAAGGUCGUAUACUUCGAGAUGCGCAGGGGAAAGUGAUCUUCAUAGGCGAUUGUGCUCCGCUUUCGUUCUUGCAAACAGUGAGGCACCUGAUCGCGUCGGAAGUUGAUGCAGAAGAGCUUCCAGUCGCUGCAUCCCGCGAUUCCAUCAUUGAGGUCGCUCGUCCGAGGUCUUCGGAUCAGCAAAGCAGUAUCGCGAUCAGUUUACGGGAGGUGGACGAACUCACGAAGCAGUAUGCCAUCGCCGUCAGUGGGCUCGCUGAUCUCUUUGACCAUGAACAACUGUUCCGGGACAUUAAGACUUGGGUCGGUGGCUUCACUUCCCACCAAGAAGAUGCCACUUCGGCUGUUUACUACCUCGUACUUGCCAUCGGGGCGCAGGAGAGCAACGACAGCAAAGCCGAAGCCUGGUUCAAGCACGCAAAGGAGAUGUUACUGCGACAUCUUACGUCAAGCAUGAAUGUUUCAACAGUACAAGGAUUCACUUUGAUCGCCGUCUACAUGCUACGUGCAUUCCAGCCCAAUGGCGCCUACCUGUACUUCUCGCUCGCAGCGAGAACUGCCUAUGCCAUUGGUCUACAUCGCACAGAAGUCAACGCCUCUUUCGGCGAAGCUGUUCGUGCAACGCGCGAUCGGAUCUGGAAGAGUCUGAGGGUAGUAGACAUGCUUAUCAGCAAUCUACUUGGCCGUCCGCCUUCUACUUCGGAUGUUGACUGCACUGUCAAAUAUGGCAAGCACGGCGUUGCCGAGGUACCUUUCGGAGAAUCGUCGCAUGUCAUCGAUGCCAGUGUGCAGAUAUUCAUGAUUAUCGAGCGUGUUGUCGUCGAAGUCUACUCUCGCAAACGGAUCUCAUUGCGUAUCGCAGGCUAUGUGUCGCAUCAGCUCAAGUCAUGGGCAUCAACCUGGCUGCGGCCUCUCUCGGAUAAGAUCACCAAGCAUGCAUCUCGAGAAGCAGUGGUCGGCGCAUGCUCGACGUUGUGCUCGUACUACUAUGGCAUAAUGUUACUGACGAGACCUUUUCUGAUCUACGAGCUGUACGAAUACAUGGGCGCAUCACUAAAAGCACCUGGGACACACAAAGAGCACCAAGAGAAGCAGAAGUAUGCGGAUGCCGCUUUGGACGCAGCUACUUCCUUCGUGGAGACUUUGCAAACCGUCCUCAGUACCGACUCUAUGCCACGAAGGAUGCCAUUAGUAGUAUCGUGGCUGUUCACUACCUCACUCGUGCUUGCAGUGGGGAUCUUGGGCCGGUCUGGCCUGAUAUUCGAGGACCAUUGCAAAGCAUCAAUCGCCUGCCUCGACUACUUCGCAAGCGUCGACCCACAUGCGAGGCAGUACUCCCUGAUCUCACAAGCUUUAUUGAAGACCACCACUGCCCACAUUAAGAAACGCGAACUCCAUCUCCGAAGUCAGAGAAAACAAGCUUCAUCACAGUUGUUCGGACUACUGCCAUCGACAGAGAACACGGAUAUUCGAGAGUCAGAGGUACGGCACGAUCAUGAAAAUUCAAAUACUGCUGCCUCCGUUUCUGCAGCAACUGUUGAGCAAUCCCUACCUCAGUCUUCUGGCUCUAUCAUAAUGUCGGAUCAGCCUGCUCCUUCGGCGACCGAGGCUGGAACUGCGGUGCCAGCAGACUGGAAUAUCUACGAUGCCGACUUCUUUGCCAUGCCUUGGAUGAGCAACGAGAACGACCAAGGUCUUCAAGACUUUCUGCAACCGGGACGACACACCCUGGAUGGCGGCAAUCUGGCUGAUAUACCGCUCUUUCCGAUGUAUGAUCAGAUGAAUGGGAGCUUCAUGUGA